GGACCGAAGUUUGAAGUGAUUGUUGGGAAGUACAAUGAUAAAAUGUUCACGGACGUCGACGAUUGUUGAGAAGUACAAUAUAACAUCCUCUCAGGAACCAAUGAUUGUUGAGAAGUACAAUGAUAAAUCCUCAUGGAAUUUGAUGCCUUAUAUUAUAUAUGGUGGUGGUAUAAUAGUAUUGAUUACAAUACCAAUCUUGAUCAUAAUCGCAUUCACAUGUAGAAAGUUUUCUAAAAAAUAUGCGAAAAAUUCACAAGCGUUGGUUGAAGCACAACAACGUAUAAACAAAAUGUGCAUGGAAUCUAUAUCUUUGAGGCAACAUAUUAAGCAGGUCAUUAUUGAACACCAGAUAGAAUUGGAUGAAGAUAUGUCAAAUACGUUGGUAAGCAAUUUCAAAACUAUAAUUAAAGUCCUCAAUUACUAGAGGUUAAUAGGUAGGUACCUACUCUACACAUACUGUUGUGUUUUUUCAUUUUAGAAAUUACCCAAUAUUUCAAUUGUUCCUGCUGAAGAUUCAAGAAUUGUAGAUGGAACAUCAUCAAAGACCGAAUAUUUUGUGCCAUAUGAUGAAAAAUGGGAGUUUCCAAGAGAGAAUUUAUCUUUUGGACAUGGUUUAGGAGAAGGAGAAUUUGGAAAAGUGGUUCUAGCAGAGGCAUUAGGAAUCUUGCAGAGAACCAUUGUUACCACUGUUGCUGUGAAGAUGUUGAAAGAUGAUCACUCUGAUGAAGACAUGAUUGAUUUAGUAACUGAAAUGGAAAUAAUGAAACUGAUUGGUGCACAUGUCAAUGUUCUAACAAUGUUGGGGUGUUGCACCAAGAAUGGGGAAUUACUUAUCAUAACUGAAUUUGCUCCACAUGGAAAUUUACAUGACUUUCUUCGUAAUCAUCUCCCCUUUAUUAAGAGUGAGCUCAAAUUGAGCAAUUUAACUAAGAAAACUUUGUUGGUGUUUGCUCAACAAAUAGCAAAUGGAAUGGAAUAUUUGGCCUCCAAAAAAUGUGUGCACCGUGAUCUUGCUGCACGAAAUGUUCUAGUAUCCAAGGAUUACAUAAUGAAAGUGGCGGACUUUGGUCUUGCAAGGGAUAUUCGAGAUAAAGACUACUAUCGGAAAGAAACAAAAGGCAGAUUACCAGUGAAAUGGAUGGCUCCUGAAGCACUUGGUCAUGGCUAUUACUCAACUCAAUCUGAUGUAUGGUCAUACGGUAUACUGCUUUGGGAAAUUCUAACUUUGGGAGCAACACCAUAUCCUUUAUUUUCAGGUUUAGGAAAAUUAUUACCGGCUUUAGAAUCAGGGUACAGAAUGGAAAAACCCCCUAACUGCUCAGAUGAGUUGUAUAGUCUAAUACACAAAUGUUGGAGUUACAUGCCAGAAGAUCGUCCUUCAUUCACAAUAAUUGCUAAUGCUUUGGAGGAUAUAUUAUCCAUGAAUGCCAAUGAUGAGGUACUCCAGCAAUGUAAUGUUUAUUGGCCGCAGAGACAUGAUGAGAUUAUAAUUAGCUAGAUAGCUACAUAUCCUGAAACCCUGUAAAUGGAUGGUGGAUCACGAAAAAACUCAAGAAAAACUAAUCUUAAAAGAUUUUGACCGAAUUCAGCGGAGAUCAUCAUUUUGAGUUGAGAAAAAAUUAGGGCUUCGAAGACUCCCAUUUUAUCAAAUGUUUUGCAAUAAUUAUGCUACGUAGAAUACAAAAAGAUAUCAUGUCUGAAAUUGAAAAACACAUAUUUUGGAAUGCAGUGGUGCCAACUUUUUGGUCAUUAUUGUCAAUUUCAAACAAUCAAGGAAAAUAGUAGCUAUAGGCCUAAACUUGACAGCUAAGUUUCGGUUUUUAAAAUUAAAAUUGACAAUACUCUUCUGAAAAUGGGCAAUCUGCUUUUCAAAAUAUUUCCUCAGUUUCGAAAAUGAUAUCUUUCGAUGACUGUUCAACUCAAAAUGAAGGUCCCCACUGAAUUUAGCCAAAAUUCUUCGGCGUUCUUUUUUGAGAUCGACCCUGAAGUAUGGAUAGAUACCUAUCCCGUGGUAGUACAAAUACGAGUAUAAAAUGUAUCAAAAUUGUGUAUUGAAUUAGGCACCUGUAGGCUGUAAUUUGUAGGUACUUAUAUUUCUCCACAAAUUCAUAAAUCAUUUUGAAAAAUCAGUAGAAUUCAAAAAUGUAGUUUUUCUGCAAUUCUUUUUGGAUUUUAGAAAAUUCAAAACAUCUUUUUUGAAAAACAACCAUCCGAUCCCUGGGCUGCGGCUCGCACCCUUGCUUGGCGGGGGCCAUACCUGCAGGUAAAAUGGGGUUGUCGUUUUUCUUUUUUAUUAUUUUUUUCUUUUCUUCUUUUUUCGACUUAUUUUUCCAUUUACAUAGUAUGUAUUUAUGAUUAAUUGUACCUAAUUCAUUUUUACUUGUAUUGAUUUUUUCUUCGUUUUAUGUAUUUCAUUUCAUUACCUUUAUUUUAGAGGGAGAAAUUGAUCUCAUUUCUAGAUUCUAAGGUGUAAGGAUAAUUUUUCAUUUUCCUUUUCAAGGACUUUCGUUUUUCAAUGUUGAUUUUCAAAUUUUUUUGGUAUACCUACAUAUUUCGUUUCCGUUUUCAUUUUAUUGGUUUUAUUUCUACAACGAAUUACUUCAUUUUUUUAUUUGUUUUUCAUUUUUGUUAUUCAUUCUCUU